GCCACUAGAUGGUAGCAGGGAGCAGAUUUUGAGCCACUGAAGGAGUGUACCAAGUACAAGAAAUGUACUAUAGGCUGCUCAUUAAUGUUUCCUGUCUGGGCCAAUAGCUUUGGCAGUACUGUGCCAUCAUUAGAACAACGUGAUCUCUGUUUGGAAAAAGCACACCAGAAAGCUGGAUAACUCAACAGAAGAGACUUUUAGCAUGGAUACUUCAGAGCCCCUGGAGGAAGGAGAUCGAACACAUGAGCAGCGGCCUCACACCCGUUCCAAUCCAGAAGGGGCAGAGGAUAGAGAGGGUCUUCCCCAAGCAGGGGUCGGUAGUCGAAGUGAGGGAGAGGGUGAGGCUGCCCAGGUAGAUGAUCCAUUGCCCACCACCACCGCUGUUCCCACAAAUUGUACCCCACCUCCAACCCUGGAAUUCCAACUCAAGACCCCCAGAGUAAACUGCCCAGAAAAAGUGAUUAUUUGCUUGGAUUUAUCAGAAGAAAUGUCCACACAGAAGCUGGAGUCUUUUAAUGGAUCCAAAGCAAAUGCCCUGAAUUCUUCCCAAAAAAUGAUUGAGAUGUUUGUCCGAACAAAGCACAAGAUUGACAAGAGACAUGAGUUUGCUCUUGUGGUUGCAAACAAUGAGGCUAUGUGGCUGUCUGGAUUUACAUCAGACCCCCGGGAAGUUUGCAGCUGCCUGUAUGACCUAGAGACUAAUGUCUGCGAGUCCUUCAAUUUAGAAGGCCUUUUCAACCUCAUACAACAGAGAACAGAAUUUCCAGUGACAGAUAAUGUGCAGACCAUUCCACCUCCCUAUGUGGUGAGAAUUAUCCUGAUCUACAGCCGCCCAGCCUCUCAACCUGCGCUUAACCUUACAGACAAUAUGAAGAAAAUGCUGCAGUGCCCUUAUUUCUUCUUUGAUGUUAUCUACAUCCACAAUGGGUCUGAAGAGGAGGAACUACGGUGGAAGGAUAUUUUUAGUUUCUUCAGCGGCCUGGACUCCAAAGGGACCAGCUAUAAAUAUGAAGUCUCAAUAACGGGUCCGGCUCUGGAACUCCAUAACUGUAUGGCCAGACUCCUUGCUCACCCCCUUCAGAGACCUUUCCAGAGCCAUGCAGCCUACAGCCUACUGGAAGAAGAGGAAGAAAGUCCAGAGAGUGAAGUGACUGUUUAAAUGAAGCAUUAUUCAUUAACAGAAGUGCUCAAUAUGGCAUCCCUUAAACUCUUCACUUGUAUAUAGUAAUAGUGAGCUUGUGAUUUUGUUAAAUAAAAGGAAAAAUCAAAUGAAA